AUGGAUAGCUUCAGUGGUUUCAAGGAAGAAAUCUCAAAGCGUUUCAAGUCCCACACUGAUCAACUUGUGUUGAUAUUUGCUGGAAAGAUUUUAAAAGAUCACGAUACUUUGACUCAGCAUGGAAUUCACGAUGGACUCACUGUUCACCUGGUUAUCAAAACACAAAACAGAUCACAAGACCACCCAACUCAACAAGCAUACACCACCGGGAGUACUGCUACCACAUCAACAUCAAGCAGUAGUACCUCAACACCAGCUUCAACAAAUAGUAACCCUUUUGGCUUGGGUGGCCUUGGAGGUUUGGCAGGUCUGAGUAGCCUGGGCUUAAAUACAUCAAACUUUUCAGAGUUGCAGAGUCAGAUGCAACGGCAGCUUAUGUCCAACCCAGAAAUGAUGGUUCAGAUAAUGGAAAAUCCAUUUGUGCAGAGCAUGCUUUCAAAUCCUGACCUGAUGAGGCAGUUAAUUAUGGCUAAUCCUCAAAUGCAGCAGCUGAUACAGAGAAAUCCAGAAAUCAGCCACAUGCUGAAUAAUCCAGAUAUAAUGAGACAGACACUAGAACUUGCUAGAAACCCUGCAAUGAUGCAGGAAAUGAUGCGAAACCAAGACCGAGCCUUGAGUAACCUUGAAAGUAUACCAGGUGGAUACAAUGCCUUGCGACGUAUGUAUACAGAUAUUCAGGAGCCUAUGUUGAAUGCAGCACAGGAACAGUUUGGAGGUAACCCAUUUGCUUCUCUGGUAAGCAAUACAUCACCAGGAGGGGAUAGUCAGCCAUCUCGUACAGAAAAUAGAGAUCCUCUACCAAAUCCCUGGGCCCCUCAGUCCAGCUCGCAAACUGCCACAAGUACCAGCACCAGUGGUGAGAAUGAUGGCAGUAGUAGUGCUGGAAAUAGCACUUCUGGCAGCUCAGGACAGAGCUCAACUGUACCAAAUUUGGGACCUGGCGUAGGAGCUGGUAUGUUCAACACACCAGGAAUGCAAAGCCUAUUACAGCAGAUAACAGAAAACCCACAACUUAUGCAGAAUAUGUUGUCUGCACCCUAUAUGAGAAGCAUGAUGCAGUCAUUAAGCCAGAAUCCUGAUCUUGCAGUACAGAUGAUGUUGAAUAAUCCUUUAUUUGCUGGAAAUCCUCAGCUUCAAGAACAAAUGAGACAACAACUUCCUACUUUCCUUCAGCAAAUGCAGAAUCCUGACACGUUAUCAGCUAUGUCAAACCCUAGAGCAAUGCAGGCUUUACUACAAAUUCAGCAGGGCUUGCAGACACUAGCAACAGAAGCACCGGGGCUUAUACCAGGAUUCAGUCCUGGUGUAGGUGGACUGGGAAGCACUGGAGCUCCUACAGGGUCCACUAUACCUAGUUCUGUUCCUAGUGAAAAUACAAGUCCAGGAUCAGGAACUGCUGAACCUGGUCACCAGCAGUUUGUCCAGCAAAUGUUGCAGGCACUUGCUGGUGCAAAUGCUCAGUUGCAAAAUCCAGAAGUUAGAUUUCAGCAACAACUGGAGCAGCUGAAUGCAAUGGGCUUUUUGAACCAUGAAGCAAACUUACAAGCUCUAAUAGCAACAGGAGGAGACAUCAAUGCAGCUAUUGAAAGGCUGCUUGGCUCUCAGCCUUCAUAGCAGUGUUUCUUUAACUUGAAAAAAUGUAAUUUAUUUUUGAUAACAGCUCUUAAAUCUUUAAAAUAUUUGCUUUAUUUCAUUCUGACUCUUGGGAUUGUCUUACUCUAACUAAAAUUGGUCUGAUGCAUUUUAAGGUGGAGUGCAGUAGUUUUCAAUCAGUGAGAAUCAAUGCAUUUUCACUCUUGUUGCAUGCAUCACACUUCUUUUGCUCUGCAUUAUUUGUGAUAUUUUUUUUUUUAACAAUAUCAGCUUUCACAUUUGGGUGAACGGGUUUUGUCAGACCUACAAUUGUCCAGUUUAUUUACUACUUAAACAUUAGCCUUCUGUAGUAAUUUAUGUAGAAUAAAAAUUUAAAAGCAAAUUAAUUGAAGCUACAAUUUGUGGGUACCAAUACUGCUUAUUGUGAUUUUGGCAUGUAUUUUUUUUUUUUUUUGCUAGCAAAGUGCU